UGCCAACCACAAGCCCGCAAUUACCUAGCAGUCAAGCUCGUCCGUUCCUCCGCAGCUUCACCCGACAACCACACGACGACGACAACGACGCCCGCCAUGACCGCCGCAAAGUACGCCUUCACAAAGUCCCUCCGCGAGGUGCGCUUCCUCUUCUGCCAGACCUCGGAGCAGAGCGCGGCUGUUCGGUCAUUCAUCACCCGGGCCUACCCUACCAUGAAGCGAAGCAACCCCAACAUCCCCAUCCUCAUCCGCGAGGCCGCCGGCACCCAGCCCAAGGUCUACGCCCGAUACGAGCGAGGCACCGAAAAGUCCAAGGUCCUCGAGGGCCUGUCGGACAAGGAGAUUGAGGACGCCGUCUCGGGACUGGUUCAGCCUACGCAAUAA